AUGUUAUCCACAGACCACAACUUAAGCCACAAGUCUAGCCAGAACCGAAAAGCUAGAGUUAUUAGUGUUAAUGCGAAUAAUUUACAGGAUGACAUCCCUGAUGAAGACAUUUGCCAGCCUUAUGGAUUGUAUCUGAUCCUGGAUCUCCUCCAGGCGAGUUUCCACAGUAAUCAGAUUGCUAAGGAUUCACACCAGAACUUGGAUGCUCCUGUCUCUGCAGCUUCUAAGAGCGUUAGCCGUCCAAUAACAUCAUCUGAUGGCUAUGACGGAGAUGUAGAGUCACUCUCAGAGCUAGAACCAUCUGAAAAAUCGACAAUGGAGCAGUUGGUGGAAAGGGCGUGCUUCAGAGAUUAUCAGCGUCUGGCCCUAGGAACCAUUAGCAACUCUUCUUCACGAUUAAAAACAGAGCACUUUAGGGUCACAGCGAUGAACAGAAUGUACUCUCUUUGCAGAAGUUAUCCAGGCCUUCUAGUUAUACCUCAGUCUGUCCAGGACAGUAGCCUACAUAAAGUCGCCCGCUGUUAUCGCCAUAACAGACUUCCUGCAGUGUCCUGGAAAAAUUCUAAAACCAAUGCAGUGUUACUUCGUUCUGGAGGAUUUCAUGGAAAGACAGUUGUUGGUCUCUUCAAAUCACAAAAUACACAUACAGCUGCUCCGGCAUCCUCAUUAGAGUCAUCAAGUAGUAUUGAGCAGGAGAAAUAUCUGCAAGCCUUACUGAACGCUAUCUCUGUACACUACAAAAUGAACGGCGGUAGUACUCUCACCAUCCGACCAACCCUUGCGCUGUCACCAGGCAGUGAAAGAAAGACUUCGAAAAUGACCAGUGUGGUUAAACAUGUUGUACCCGGUCACUUGGAUGGCAGUCUGUCCAAUAGCUUUGCUCGUGGAGGUGUAUGGGCAAGUCUUCGUUCAAGCAAUCGCUUAAUCACGACCCAGACUCCCCUUAUUGAUGUUGGAGCACGGCUGGCUGGAAAGGAUCAUGUUGUACCCUACAGUGACAACUCCGCUUUGCAGAAUCAGCUAUUGAAGCGCCAGGCAGCUCUCUAUAUUUUUGGGGAGAAAUCUCAAUUAAGGGGAUUCAAGUUUGACUUUGCAUUGAAUUGUGAAUUUGUUCCGGUUGAAUUUGGAGAUAUUCGGCAAGUGAAGACAAGUUUUAAGAAACUGAUGAGGGCGUGUGUACCUAGCAGUAUCCCUGCAGAUUCCGAAUUAACGUUCCUUAAGUCAUUGGGAGAAUCUGAGUGGUUCUUGCAGAUGCACAGAAUAAUCCAGCUCUCUGUGAUUGUAUCAGAACUCAUGGAAAACAGAUCUUCUGUUAUGGUUUGUUUAGAAGAAGGUUGGGAUAUUACCACACAGGUUGUGUCGUUGGUGCAGCUACUUGGAGAUCCCUUUUACAGGACACUUGAAGGUUUCCGUAUGUUGAUAGAGAAGGAGUGGCUUUCAUUUGGACAUAAAUUCAGCCAGCGCAGCAAUCUCUCCCUCAACAGCCAAGGCAGUGGUUUUGUACCAGUUUUCUUACAGUUUUUGGAUUGUGUACAUCAGAUACACAAUCAGUAUCCAACAGAAUUUGAAUUUAAUCAAUACUAUCUGAAGUUCCUGGCAUUCCAUCACGUCUCCAACCGCUUUAAGACAUUCCUUCUGGACUCUGACUAUGAAAGGUUGGAACAUGGAACGUUAUUUGAAGAUAAAGGAGAUAAACACACAAGAAGAGGAGUCUGUAUAUGGGACUGCAUUGAAAGAAUGCACAGGAGAAGUCCAGUUUUCUUCAACUAUUUGUAUGCACCCACUGAAGUGGAUGCAUUAAAACCAAGUGCUAACAUAUCUACCCUAAGGAAGUGGGAAUACUACAUGGAAGAGACUUUAGCAACUGGUCCAUCUUAUGACUGGUGCAUGGUCCAUUCACGAUUAAAUGCUGCAGAAGAGCCCGACCAAGCUGAAGAUGCUUCUAAGCAGAGUAAGAGGAAAGUGGUUUGGCCAUGCUAUGACAACAUCUCCAAAGUCCAACCUGAUGCAAUCACGUACCUGAUUAAUGAAAUCGAACGUUUGGAGAACAAGUUAAAUCAAAGUUCAGAAAGGUGGCAGCUUCUGUGGGAAAGAGCAAAAAUAAAACUUAAGGAAGACACCAGAAAAGAGAAUAGGACUCCCUCCAGCCUAAUGUCCGCUAACCUUCAGUCGUACCAGAAAAGGUCAAUGGUGCAUCUUCCAGACAGUGGGAUAGGAGAGGAGCAGACUAUGGUGUCUCCUUCCAAUGGCGUUGAUAGAAGAUCAGCUACACUAUACAAUCACUUUACCUCAAAGAAUGAGGAGAACAGGUCAUUUGAAGGUAUUCUGUACAAGAGGGGCGCUUUGCUAAAGGGCUGGAAGCCGCGUUGGUUUGUACUUGAUGUAACCAAACACCAGCUGAGAUAUUAUGACUCAGGUGAAGACACAAGCUGUAAGGGGCAUAUCGAUCUAGCUGACGUUGAGACUGUGGUUCCUGCAGCGCCAUCUAUAGGAGCGCCUAAACAUGCCAGUGACAAAGCGUUUUUUGAUGUAAAAACCAGCAAGCGUGUGUAUAAUUUCUGUGCGCAGGAUGCCCAGAGUGCGCAGCAGUGGAUGGACAAGAUACAGAGCUGUAUUUCUGAUGCGUAACGAGUCUGUGCACUGGAGAUAUCUCUUUUAUAGAAGGACUGUUUUUUUAUUGUUUGUACUAAAGUGCCCAUUUUAUUUCAAGCAGCAUCUCAUGUAACAAAAUACAAAACUUUUUUUUUUAAAUAUUUUUUUUUGGUGUAGCUGGAUGUAGGCACCGGUGACCUGUGCUUAUUGCAGAUUAGUCCCGCACUGGAACAUCUGUCUAGUGGAUGCUUAGCACGAGGGAGCAGCAGUCUGGUUUUCUCUUUCAUUUAUCUCUAUCUAACUUUACUUCUUCACACUUGCCAUCGUUAUACUUUUACACCCUGCUCCUUAAUGCUCUCUCUGGGGGUUAGAAAGAGAAGCUAAAUCCAGCUGUGUUCAUCUCAGAACAAAGUUUUUAAACUGAACAACCAGCUUAGAGACGAUUCAUUGUCUCAUUUCGUGUCAGAGACAAAUAGAUAUUUCACAAAUAUUGUGCUAACUUUGCAAGGGUACAAGCUACUGAUUUUGGAACCCUUCACCUUUAAAUAUAAUAUGCAGCUAAAGAUAACCCGUGCCCAUAAAGUUUACAGUUUGGUUGUUUUUGCCAUUUUGUGUAAAGAUGUUCAUUUUAGAGCUGUCAUAGAUCUGAGCUAGUCAGUUCUUUGUGUUUACAAUACAAAACCGUGUAUAGUUUAAUUUUUUCAUUUGAUAUUUUAACGAAAUGCAAAAAGCAGCUUAUCGGAGUCUAGUAUUGGUGCAGUGCAGAAAACAGUUCCUUUGCUUUUGAACUUGCAAUUUGUAUUGUAAUUUCGAUAGUAAAGUCAAAACAAGUGCUAGAACUAGUUUCAUAAAAUAGGAAAUAAAACCCUUUUCUUUGUACCAUGUGCAGGUCUUUCUGUAUUCCAGUUGUGCACUAUUCCUUCUUGGUGUAAAUACAUAGAAAUGCACUAUACCGUAAUGCAAGCACUUGCACUUAAGUCUUUGAAGUAUAAAAAAAAAACAAAAAAAAAAUAAGAUUCCAAAAGAAAUGGCUCAGAAAUAACAGUAUAUAAAAUCCACUAUGUACAUAGGUUUGUUUUCAAUGUGAAGUUGAUAUUUCAAAACACUUACCCUUAAUUUGUAAGAAUGUUUUAUUAUUUUUAUCCAAGAACAAUGGGUAUGUUUAAGUCCUUAAAGGAUUAAUGUGUAUAGCCAAAAUAUGUGUUCUCUACAGCCUCUUGUGAUAUUCUUGACUGGAGUAAUUAGAUAGCAAAUUUGAUUUUAAACUGUUAAUAUCGUUCUCUUCUAUUUCAAGGUUUGUACUGUAAAUAAAUGAUUUUGUAUUUUCUGAUGUUUCAAAAUCAA